AUGGAAAAUGAUUGUGGUCGAUUUGUCCAAAAAUGUCAUAAAUGCCAAGUACAUGGAGAUCUGAUCAAAGUACCUCCCCACGAGCUCAAUGCGAUGAGUUCCCCUUGGCCAUUUGCAGCUUGGGGCAUGGAUAUUAUUGGACCGAUUGAGCCUGCUGCCUCAAAUGGGCAUAGGUUCAUUUUGGUCGCCAUUGAUUAUUUCACAAAGUGGGUGGAAGCUGCUUCCUACAAAGCUGUGAUGAAGAAAGUUAUGACCGAUUUUGUUCACAACAAUUUGAUAUGUCGUUUUGGAGUUCUAGAGUCUAUCAUCACAGACAAUGGAGUAAACCUGAAUAGUCAUCUGAUGAAAGAGAUAUGUGAAAAAUUCAAAAUUAUCCACCGCAAUUUAACUGCAUAUCGUCCUCAAAUGAAUGGAGUUGUGGAAGCUGCUAAUAAGAACAUCAAGAGGAUACUGAGAAAGAUGAUUGACAACUACAAAUGUUGGCAUGAAAAUUUGCCUUAUACUUUGCUAGGUUAUCGCACCACAAUUCGAACCUCAACUGGAGCAAUUCCUUAUCUAUUGGUAUACGGAACAGAAGCAGUGAUACCAGCUGAAGUUGAGAUACCAUCUUUAAGGAUUAUUCAGGAAGCUGGAUUGAGUGAUGUCGAGUGGGUUCGUGAUCGAUAUGAGCAGUUAACAUUGAUUGAUGAGAAAAGAAUGAGUAAUGUUUGUCAUGGCCAGUUGUAUCAACAAAGAAUGACUCGUGCUUUCAACAAGAAAGUAAGAGUUCGAACAUUUGAGGUAGGCCAAUUGGUGUUGAAACGCAUUUUCCCUCAUCAAGACGAACACAAACGGAAAUUUGCACCUAACUGGCAGGGACCGUUUGUUGUCCACAAAGUACAAUCAAGAGGAGCUUUGGUUCUAGCAAAGAUGGACGGUCGGGUGUGGCGCAAAGCUAUCAAUUCAGAUGCCGUUAAGAGAUACUACAUUUGA